AAGAAUUAUUCUUUUCUCCCUCUACAGACAGCCCCAGAACAGCCAGAAUAAUGUUAUUGUUAACCUAUAUGUUUUUCCUGAUUGAUACUGUUGAUAGUGUAAAGAGAAGAGAAAUACUUGAAAUGGCGAACAUGAGGGAUCUACUAUCAAUAUUACAUUGAAUGGAAUCAAGUGAUAAAAACACUUAUCUAGCCUAGCAAAAGUUUCCAUGUUAAAUGAUUCUUCGUGCAAAAUGUAUUUGUAAAUUUUAUAUUCUUUUUAGCCUGGAGGCAAAUGACCUGAUAUAAAGAGUACAAUGUUCAUUCAUAUUUAACUGGUGUAUUGAAUGUGAGUGAAACAGUAGUAAAACAUACAAGUGGUGUAACUAUUACUUAUUUAAAUUAUCUUAAAAACCCAGGCCAAAGAUUGAGCUACAUUCUGUAAUCACAACUCAAUGGUAGAAGAUAUAUCACGCUUUCUAUAUUAUAAUACUGCAAGGAUGAAGAUACUAGAAAUAAAGGCAUCAAAAGAGGUGUAUAUAUCUAAUUUCAAUAAAAUAAAAAUGUGCGGUCAUUGUCAAAAACUUUAACGAAAUUAUAAGAAUAUUGAACAUUAUGUACUUGGAAAUGUUCACACAGAACAAAUUAAGUUUUUAAUCUUCAGUAUAAGAAAGAAAACACAUUUUAUCAAAUAAUUACCUUGUUAUAUUUAUAGCAAAAAAUACAGAUAUUUGAUUAAACCUAUUUUUAGAAUGGAGGAUGUUGAGAAACAGUGUACUUCGUCGUCCUCAUCUAGUGGCAAAACUAAAUCCAACAAAAAUUCAGCAACCAAUCUCAUUAAAAAACCUUUUAAAUGCACUCUUUGUACUUAUACCUGCAAAUUUAAUAAAAAUUUAAAGAAACAUUUAAAAACUCAUACAGUUGAAAAAGUGUUCAAGUGUAGCAUGUGUGCAUAUACAUGCAAAGAUAAGAAUACACUAAAGGAACAUUUAUUGACUCAUAAAGGUAUGAAACGGUUCCAAUGUUCCCAAUGUACUUAUACUUGUGCGUUAAGUGGCAGUUUAAAGAGACAUAUGUUUACACACACUGGUGAGAAACCUCUAAAGUGUAAUUUAUGCACUUAUGCUUGCAUACAACGUGGUACUUUAAAGAAACAUUUAUUGACUCACACAGGUGAGAAACCCUUUAAAUGCUCAUUAUGCACAUAUGCUUGUACAUUAAAGGGAAGUUUAAAGAGACAUCUUUCAAUCCAUGCGGGUGAAAAGCGGUUCAAGUGCUCAGUAUGUGAUUAUGCUUGCACACAAAGUGGGAGUUUAAAGAAACAUUUAUUGACACACACAGGUGAAAAGCCAUUCAAGUGUUCCCUAUGUGCUUAUGCUUGUACAGGAAGUUCAGAUUUAAAGAGACAUGAAUUAACGCAUUCAGAUGAAAAACCAUACAAAUGUUCGGUAUGUUCUUAUGCUUGCAGACAACACAAUCAUUUGAAGACUCAUUUAUUAACGCACACUGGUGAGAAGCCAUUUAAAUGUUCCCUUUGUGGAUAUGCUUGCACGGCAAGUUCUGAUUUUAAGAGACAUUUAUUAAUUCAUACAGAUGAAAAACCAUACAAAUGUUCCCUCUGUCCUUACGCCUUUAAACGAAGUGACCAUUUGAAAACACAUCUUUUAAUUCACACAAAUGAAAUACUUGUUCUAGGACAUGAAGAGCAGAGUUAAGAACAAAACAAUGAUGAAGUACUCUACGUGAUGUUAAUGUGCAAUGCAUACAUGAUUGCAAGGCCAACAUAUAACUUGGUUAUUUUUGUUCGAACUAUAAAUGGUAGCUUAAAAAAGCUAAUUUAAAUUAGUUGUACAUAAAAAUGUAAAUAAGUAUAUUUUGUACAUAUACAAUAUCCAAACAAUGUCUAUGGGUGUAACUAUAUUUGUUUGAAUGUAAAGAGUAUAACCAUCAGAUAUGAUAGUUAGAGUUCUUAUGAAUCAAUUUCUGAAUUGCUCAAGCAAACCAGGAAUUCAACACAUAUAUUUUAAAUGAAUUUACAAGUUGAAACUAUAUGGAUACAGGUAUGUGAAGCAAUUACUUUUUUGUGGCAAUGAAUAUUUUACUUUCAUACGAUAAAAAUUAUUGUAUAAUUAUUUAUAGGAUUUUCAAUUCAUGUUAUUAAUUAAAAUAUUAUUACACAUGUAUAUAUAAUUAUGCAUAUUAUGUAUGUAUCUUUAUAUACACUGUAUUUUUCUGUUUUAAACAAUUCCAUCAGUAUUAAUAAUAACAAGAACAUUAUUUUGUAACCUUAAUGUGGUACAAUAAAAUUUAAACAUUUUCAGACUGGUUUCUAUUCUCUUUUUAGAUGUGUUAUUCUUAAUACAAGUUAAGCAUACAUAAAAAUUAACAAUAAAAAAAAUGGUUAACAAUCAAGCCAAGAAAUCAUGUCACAGUAGGUGAUUUGUGUUUCAACCUUCAACCUUAAGGAAAUAUAAAAAAACAACAAUUGUACAACAGAGAAAACAGUUUGGCAAUAUAAUUAUAUAAACUAUUCAUGGUUGUCUUAUAUUUUCAUUUAAUUCAUCAAUAAUCAACUUUGAUUCUCUGAUUACUCUACAGCUCCUGGGUUGAUACUUCAGAAUAAAAGAUUUUGUCUUUCCUGCGUUACAGUGUUUAAAAGAAGUUACUAAAGUUUUAUUGCUGGGGAUAAAAUAAAUAACUGGUUUAUUAAUAGUCUAUAAUUAAACCAUGUAGAUAACAAAUAUUUGACAAGUACUGGAUCCAUUUUUGUAAUUAGCAAAUUAUAUAAAAAGAAAAUGAAUAUGAAUAAAUAAAAAACUAGACUAGCAUAAUUGUAAUUCUGAAUGAAUGAACUAACCAUUAUGCUGACCAUUUAGGUGUUGUUCAACAUAGAAAGAUAAAUGUUGCGAAGUAGCCUAUAAUGUUUAAUAUUUAUUCUGCAUGUAAUUUAAUGUGAUUUACAUUAUGUCAUGUUACAUAAGUAUGCAAUUUUUAAGUAAAACAAUAUUUAAAAAUGUUAUUAGCAACCAUUUUAGUUUAUACUUUUGCAUAGUAAGCACUUAAUAUUUUAUUAUUUGAAAAACCUUCAAAAAAUGACAACAAAAAGUGAAAAUUAUGUAAUACAUUUUGUAAAUGGCUUAAACUCAGGUAAAAGUAGUCAAAAGUAUUUAUUUUCAAAAACUAACCUAGAUGUAAUAUCUAGUUAUACAAUAUGGACCCAUGAGCCCUAAAAGGUACUCUUUAGAAUAUAUACCCUUACUUUACAAACAACCUGAAUUACUUUUAUUAUUAUUCAUAGCAUAAGUUAAAAUAAGUUAUUAUUUUAAAGUUUUUAUAUUAUUGUCUCAUAUAUUAAGGAAUUUCCAGAACAUUAUAUGGCAUUGCUACUUCACUACCACUAGCUGAAGAAUAUUGUUCCUUUAGAUUUUUCCGUUAUAGGCCUAUCUUCACUUUUAUUUGAUACUAUUGCUAUACUAGUCAGUUAAUAACCUAUAGCAGCUCAGAUAAUAAAGUGAGAAAUGAA